AUGUCGAAAAAAACUUUGCAAGAGUUUUUGGACACGUCUAUCCCGGACGGUAAAAAGGGCGUCCUGGACCUCAAAGCUCUACGAGGUCUACUGCUUGAAUUAAUAAACCGGCGUGGUGCCGAGAUGGAGAGAGGGGGCAGUGGGGUGACAGCGGCCAGGAUGGAGAGCGAGGGCAGCGGGAAGAGAGGGGACAGGAUGGAGAGAGCGGACAGGAUGGAGACCGCGGACAGGAUGGAGACCGUGGACAGGAGAGAGACAGCGGACGUCGGCCGGGAUGAAGAUGAGUCGCAGCCGCUGAGCCUCUCCAUCUCGGACACGAGCAAGCAGUUGGAGAAGGCAGUGUCCAAGUCUACAAGUCUGAUGCAAAAAUCAGGAAGAGAAGAGAAUAAAGAGAAUCAGGAGCUCAAGGAGGACAUAAACAUGCUGAAGAAAGAAAUGGAGACACUCCAAAAUCAGCUUAAUCAGUGUGUGACUAUGGAAGACAUGCGAGCGGCUCUCGUCAUCGAGAGACAAAACAUGUUGAAGGAACUGAAAGACAGCAUCACUGACACCGGGUUCUCAGAUACAAGUAGAGGGAUUAAUGUCUCUCCUACCCUAAGAGACUCUUUGACAAACGUAUCUGAUGGAGCCCUGUCCCAGGUCUACAGUGGGGUUGAGCAGGACCCAGAGUCACCCAAAGCUCUGCUGGACGUAGUUCAACUAAAGGAGACGCAGAAGAGCCUGGAGGCUCGUGUGGUGCGCCUGGAAGGAGAAAUAGAAAAUAUGCUGGAGGAGUUUCAGGUGACAGUCAGCCAGGGCAGAGACAAUAUCAGUGGAUCGGAGCAGCAGCCUCAUCUGCAAACAGCUGACCUCAGGAAUGAAGUGCAGAGCCUGCAUGAGGAGCUCCAAAAUGUGAAGCAGGAAAUGCUGGCACUCAGCGAACAGAAGGAAAGCUCAGAGAAGGAAAUGCAGGAUGCACAGGAGGCUGUUCUGAAACUACAGGCUGAAUGUGAGAAGCUCCACAGAACCACCAACAAGCUGCUGAAGCAUCAGAAGCAGGGACAAAGUCAAACCCAGGAGCUGUACAAGAUUAUGAAGGAGCGGGAUGAGAAGAUGGCAGACAAGGAGAUCACAAAAAUUGUUGAAGACAUUAGAGUGGACAUGCAGACACUGGAGAACAAGGUCCUCCUGCAUGAUACAGCAGCAGCCAAGCUGAAGAAGAAGUUACGGGAUCUUUACUGCAACUUCUGUGACUAUAAGGAGACCUGUCAAAAUGCCAAUGAGAAGAUUUUCCAGGAUCUAGACUGCAAGGUGGACCGCACUGACAUGGAUCAUCUGAGGAAGCAGCUAGAGGUUUUCAGGUUGAGAAUCCUCAUGCUACACGGCCAACCCUCAGAUGAUGCUGCUGUCUUCAAGAAAGAGUGUUUGACAAAGUUCAACUGCCUCUCCUGUGAUCGUCCUGUCAGCAUGAGUACUCCUGGACCAUCCAUUCCGGUAUUGCCUAAGCCUCCAAGUGUCCCCGCUCCAAAGUGCAACAGGAGGGUGAGGCAGUGGACUAACUUGGACAAGUCCGAUGAGAGAUCGUCUACAGAGGGGAGCGUGGAGCAAACCAGGGAGGAAGAGAGCUGUGGUUCUGAUGAGCGAGUCCACAAGGAAGUGAGACUGACCGUCACCCCCCCCAAAGAAGGCAAGAACAGUAAACAGGAGGACAAGGUCAACCACAGUCAGCUGCUGACAUCUAAAAGAAAAACGACUAAACGGCUGCUGCCAUUACGAGAGCAGCUUCCCAAGAUGGAGCUGCGUUGCACUGACUACAGUAAACAGGAGGACAAGGUCAACCACAGUCAGCUGCUGACAUCUAGCAGAAAAACGACUAAACGGCUGCUGCCAUUACGAGAGCAGCUUCCCAAGAUGGAGCUGCGUUGCACUGGUACAGGCAUAAAGAAGGAAAAGCAAUGGUACCCUAAGGAAUCCUUGCCAGAGAAUCUACGUUCCCGACAGAAAUAA